CAUCCGUCUCUACUCUUUCACUUGCUCCAAUGGCCGCCUCCGCAAUCAGGAGCCCUAACCCCACCGCAGCCACCUCCAGGGCAGCCGCCGCGCCGCUCCCUUCCCGCUCGGUGCUGCGGGUGCCGGUGCCUCCCGCGUCUGGCGCCCGGAGGGGCGCCGUGGUCGCAGCGGCAAUGCAGCCGGCGAAGGCGGUCGCGGCGGAGGCGUCCCCAGCCAUGAUGGAGAUCGGGAACGGCGCGGCGGUCGGCGGGCUGGCGAGGCCCGACGCGAUGGGGAGGUUCGGCAAGUUCGGGGGCAAGUACGUGCCCGAGACGCUGAUGCACGCGCUCACCGAGCUCGAGGCCGCGUUCCACGCGCUCGCCUCCGACGACGAGUUCCAGAAAGAACUUGACGGCAUUCUCAAGGACUAUGUAGGCCGUGAGAGCCCCCUGUACUUUGCAGAGCGCCUGACGGAGCACUACAAGCGCGCCGAUGGCACAGGCCCGCUGAUUUACCUGAAGAGGGAGGAUCUUAACCACACCGGUGCCCACAAGAUCAACAAUGCCGUGGCGCAGGCUUUGCUUGCCAAGAGGCUCGGGAAGCAGCGCAUCAUUGCUGAGACUGGGGCUGGCCAGCAUGGUGUUGCCACCGCCACGGUGUGCGCCCGUUUUGGGCUGCAGUGCAUCAUCUACAUGGGUGCGCAGGAUAUGGAGAGGCAGGCGCUUAAUGUUUUCCGGAUGAGGCUUCUUGGAGCAGAGGUUAGGGCAGUGCAUUCUGGGACAGCAACCUUGAAGGAUGCAACUUCUGAGGCUAUCCGUGACUGGGUCACCAACGUAGAGUCUACACACUACAUCUUGGGCUCAGUGGCUGGUCCUCACCCAUACCCGAUGAUGGUGAGGGAGUUCCAUAAAGUUAUUGGCCAGGAGACCCGGAGACAGGCCAUGGACAAGUGGGGUGGCAAGCCUGAUGUGUUGGUUGCUUGCGUUGGCGGUGGAUCAAACGCCAUGGGUCUGUUCCACGAGUUCGUUGAUGAUCAAGAUGUAAGGCUGAUUGGAGUGGAGGCUGCUGGUCACGGUGUAGACACUGACAAGCAUGCGGCAACUUUGACAAAGGGUGAAGUGGGAGUUCUUCAUGGGUCUUUGAGUUAUUUGCUGCAGGAUGACGAUGGACAAGUUAUUGAACCGCACUCCAUCAGUGCUGGGCUGGACUACCCUGGUGUUGGACCUGAACACAGUUUUUUGAAGGAUAUUGGACGUGCUGAAUAUGACAGUGUGACAGAUCAGGAGGCUCUGGAUGCUUUCAAGCGUGUCUCUCGGCUGGAGGGCAUCAUCCCAGCCCUGGAGACGUCCCAUGCGCUUGCAUACCUUGAGAAGCUCUGCCCGACCCUGCCGGACGGCGUGAGGGUGGUGGUUAAUUGCAGCGGACGAGGAGACAAGGAUGUCCACACCGCCAGCAAGUACCUUGAUGUCUGAACUCCACUCCAGAGAGGCUAAAUAACAGCUUUUCAAUGAGAGCUGUUUCUGAAGAGCACAACAAUAAUUUAGUGGCGUUCGUUUGGAUGAAGUACAAAUAAUCCUUGGAAGCUUGUAUUAGCUAGUAGUGUGUUUGUUUGUUGUCUUGUAUCCGAAUGAUAUCGAAGCAGGUUAAAUAAAGAUCAAGCUUUCACC